CACUCCACCUCCUUCUACAAGUACGCCCCCAUCAUCUCCGGCUCUCCCUUCCCCCCUCCCCUCCCCUCCCCUCCCGAUCCCCUCGCGUCGUACGGAACCUCAUCCCUUCCGGAAGGAACGCCGACGCGCCAUGGGGGCCUUUGCGAGGAAGGAGCACCAGUUCCUCUCCGAGCUCGGCCUCGCGCCGCGCAACCUGGGAUCCUUCGCCUGCGGGGCCUGGGGCGGCUCGGGCCCCGUCGUCAACUCCACCAGCCCGGCCAACAACCAGGUUAUCGCGGAGGUUGUGGAGGCGUCCGUGAACGACUACGAGGAUGGCAUGCGCGCCUGCUUCGAUGCCUCCAAGUCAUGGAUGGCGAUUCCUGCUCCGAAGCGGGGAGAGAUUGUCCGGCAAAUUGGUGAUGCACUGAGAGCAAAGCUCCAUCACCUUGGCAGGCUUGUGUCACUUGAGAUGGGGAAAAUUCUUCCGGAAGGGAUCGGGGAGGUUCAGGAAAUCAUUGACAUGUGUGAUUAUGCUGUGGGGCUAAGUCGCCAAUUAAAUGGAUCAAUUAUACCAUCUGAACGUCCGAACCAUAUGAUGAUGGAGGUGUGGAAUCCACUUGGAGUCGUCGGUGUUAUAACAGCAUUUAAUUUUCCUUGCGCUGUGCUCGGUUGGAAUGCUUGCAUUGCUUUGGUCUGCGGAAACUGUGUUGUCUGGAAAGGUGCCCCAACUACUCCAUUGAUCACUAUUGCAAUGACUAAAAUAGUAGCUAGUGUGUUGGAGAAGAACAACUUGCCAGGCGCAAUUUUCACAGCUUUUUGUGGGGGCACUGAAAUUGGCCAAGCAAUCGCUGUUGACACUAGGAUACCUUUGGUUUCGUUCACUGGAAGUACAAGGGCUGGUCUAAUGGUUCAGCAACAAGUUAAUGCAAGAUUUGGUAAAUGCCUUCUUGAACUUAGCGGGAACAAUGCCAUAAUUGUUAUGGAUGACGCAGAUAUUCAGCUAGCCGUGCGUUCUGUGUUGUUUGCUGCUGUUGGUACAGCAGGACAACGCUGCACUACAUGCCGUAGGCUGAUUCUUCAUGAAAGUAUAUAUCAAACAUUUCUUGAUCAACUUGUUGAGGUAUAUAAACAAGUCAGAAUUGGGCAUCCGUUGGAGAAGGGCACCUUACUGGGACCGCUGCACACUCCUACUUCAAAAGAGAACUUUUUGAAAGGCAUACAGACCAUCAAAUCUCAGGGAGGGACAAUCCUUUUUGGAGGAUCUGCCAUUGAAUCAGAAGGGAACUUCGUACAGCCAACGAUUGUGGAAAUUUCAGCUUCUGCACCAGUUGUGAAAGAAGAACUCUUUGGCCCUGUCCUUUAUGUGAUGAAAUUUCAGACCUUGAAGGAAGCAAUUGAAAUCAAUAACUCUGUUCCUCAAGGAUUGAGCAGUUCAAUAUUUACAAAGAGGCCAGAAAUUAUUUUUAAGUGGCUUGGGCCCCAUGGUAGUGACUGUGGUAUAGUGAAUGUGAAUAUACCUACCAACGGUGCUGAAAUCGGUGGAGCAUUUGGUGGAGAAAAAGCAACUGGUGGUGGACGAGAAGCAGGAAGUGAUUCCUGGAAGCAGUACAUGAGGAGGGCAACUUGUACAAUCAACUAUGGAACCGAGCUACCUCUAGCACAGGGAAUCAAUUUUGGUUAAUCCGGCAGGAGAGGGUUGAGCAUGGAUCUCGCUGUUUUCUGCAGACGUGGAUGCCCGCAUUGGAGAACUUAUGCUAUCGUGUUGAGAUCUCUGCAUACAUCAGUAUUGUUUAUCUGUGACAGUUGUGAAACCUAAAUUGGAGGACAGCAGUAGUAGUAUACUAGUAUGUGUACAUAUAAUAAGAUGCUCGUUGCUGGUGUCCGAGUCUACUAAUAAACUGGAAUUCCGGAAUCAAGAGCAAAUUUCGAAUGUAACCUUCAAAAUGGACCAUUUAAAAUAACAUAUAAUAAGAUGCUUGUUGCAGGGUCUACUAAUAAA